CCCUAACUUUAAAUCGGUCAAGCCUCAGUCCUCGGGAUAUGCACCAUCUCAAGAUUUUGUCUGUUGGGAUUAUGUACCAUCAGGAUUUUGCAUGGCCCCCGAUAGACAAAAUCUUGAGAUGUCCGAAAGACAACAUCUUGAAACACUAAAAUUCUGA